AUCCCGCUGGAAGCUUACUUCCUACUUUAUACUGACUCAUGGGCCCUACAGCAAUUGAAGCUCCGUCACCCUCGGUCAACUUCUCCCUUCGCCCAACCCAGAGAUUACCGUCGAGCCCUGCCGUCGGAGAUUCUGAACGACUCACCAUACAAGGAGAUGAUCGAUCGCUGCGCAUGAUGAAUGACCUGAUGGCAACAUUGCGACGGGCAGGGGCGCAACGGAUUAUCUCCCGGAUCUCUAUCUAUUAUUGAAUGGCAGGGGUCCUGCCGGCUGGGACCGAUCCCCGGAGGCCCUUGUGCCCUCGCCCACAUUUCCUUCGCGUUUCUUUUUGCAUCUUAAUCAUGUGCUCGGACUGGAAUGCAUUUCUGGGAGUUUGGAUCGAUCAUCUUCGGGCUGAGACCCGUGUGAGGGCGACUUUGUUGCAUCUCGACCGAUCGCAACGGUCGGACGCUUCUUUUUUUUUGCUUCGCUGCACGCCCGCCCUCACUCGCCAACGCGGUAUCGCUAUCUCCGAUGGACCUGCCGACAGUUGGAAAGCGCAUGGACCUCUGCGACACGAUUUUUGUCAUCGUAUUUCGCAUCGGCAAACCGGAGUCACAGCAUUGGGUCUACAGGGGUUCUUAGGUUGCUUUACUGGGUGGUUUAUGCGGGUUGACUGUGAUUUGGGAGUUCCGGAACGGUCUACAGCUGGUCUACAGCAAAGACGCGAUAGGGAUCCGAGUAUCCCUCGGUCUUCGCGAUGGGCAGUCGAUCUUCUGGAUGGCGCACAAGAAAAAUGUCAACUCAGCGCGCGCGCAACUGGGAAUCUCUGCUGCGGGCGGGCAGUGGGCGCAGGUGGAAUUCCUUUUCUUCUUCUUUUCUUUUUCUUCUCCCUUCUUCUCACUAUCCUUGACUCCCCCCUUUAUUCCUGGUCCUUCCUUUGUGCGUGAUCAUCAUCACGACUUCAUCCUGACAUCGUCUUGUAAUUCUUCUCUUUGUCAUGUCUUUGCUGCUUUCGUUGUUGUAAUAUGCGUUGGCCGAUUUACCCAUACCCAAUUCGGCUACCUGUACGAUCCAAGGUACUUCCUUUUUUUUUCUACUCGUCAUACUUGAAUAUACCCUAUUUCUUUUUCUUUCCCUUUGCUAUGAUCAUGAUUCGUGUCUCGAAAGUAGGUAGCCGUCUUUAACAAAGAAAGCCCGAAUUUCGCACUGCACCUAUUACCUGGUUCCUACUAGAUGCCUGAAACGGACACCGAGUGAGUAGACUUCCUACGGGUU